AUUUGGCGUUCAUGAACGCCUUACGCUCAGUGACGUUGAUUGGUCGAGAGGAAGUGUCCGGCGCUCGGUGUCUGGUCGGUGAUUGGUUGAGGCCCCCAUGUCCCCUUAGAGACGUAUAAUGGAGAGGAGUGUGUGAGUGUGGCGCAGAAGGAUUUUCCAGUUGUCGUCAGUCCAGUCCGGGGCAUCAUGGCGGAGGUCGAGGGGAGCAAUGCUGUAUUAUCUGACGCUGCUGGAGCCAAGGAAGAGCCUCCGGUGGUGGCUGGUGUAGUAGCGGGUGCAACGGCUAAGGCUGAACCAAUGGAGAGCGAGCAGGAGGACGAGGAGGAUGUGUUUGAAGUGGAGUCUAUCCUGGACUCUAAGAUAGAAGGGAGUGAAGUGUUAUACCGUGUGAGGUGGAAGGGAUAUGAUUCCGACGGGGACACAUGGGAGCCAGAAGCCCAUCUUGAUGACUGUAAGGAAGUCCUGCUUGAAUUCCGUAGGAAACAGGCAGAAAACCAGAAACCUGUCAAGAAUGAAAUGCCGAAAUUAUCUCCGAGUGAUCUUUUUGAGGCAGAUUCCGGGGAUGAGCAGAGUGUCCAAAAGGCUGAUUCCCCUCCAAAAAAGAAGAAAAAAUCCAGAGAGGAAGAAGAUGAAGACUUGACACCGGAAGAGAUGAAAAAGAAAAAAUCCAAGUCUGGUAAAUGUAAGGAAAAAUCAAAGGCAGAGGCAGAGCUGUCUGAUGGCUCAUCCCCAGACCUGAAACCAAAGAAGAGAGUAUCCGAAAGCAAGGAAGAUUUAGGUUACAAAAAGCAAAAGAAGGAUGAUCUCAAAGACUUAAAGAAGACAAAAAAAGAUGAUGUAAAAGACCCAAAGGUCAAGGGGAAAGAUGAAUUAAAAGACAAAAAGCAGAAAAAGGACAAAGUGAAGGAAUGUGACCCCCCAGCUUAUGCCGUUCAGGCUUCUGAAGACCUUUCCGAUUCAGUUAGUGUGAGUUCAGUUGUAUUAACUGAGGAGAAAAAACAACCUGCAGAAGAGCAAGAGGAAAAAGAACAAGAGCCUAUUCAGGAUCUGCCAGAAGACACGCCAAGUGAGUUACACAUUAUGGAAGAGGAGGACGACGACGAGGAUGAGGAGAUGAAAGUUAAAAAGAAGAAGAAGAAGAAGCACAAAAAACUAAAGACUGAGAGAGGUGAGGAAACCAAGGCCUUGUCUUACGAGCUGCAGAUGGAUAAAAAGAGCACUCAGAAAAAGCAAAAAUCACUUGAAAAGCUUAAAGAGCUUUCUAUAUUGGAAAGAUUUGCACCUCUUCCUGCGCCAGUUCAGAAGGGCUCGCGAGCAAGUGUGGAAGACAAGGGAAGGAAGUCUGUGGACUCAGUACCUGAGGAAAAAGAAGUUAAAAAAACAGACGCAGGAAAAGAGAAAACCAGGAAGAAACAAGACUUAGAAAAAGAGAGCAGAAAAGAACAGAAGGUGGUAAAGGCUGUAAAGGAGUCCAAGAACAUAUUUGAUGCAUUCACAGUAACUCCUGAAGACCGAAAUGAAUGCACAGAGUCGUCUAGAAUAAAAGAGGAGAUGCCAAUUAUAGACUAUAGACCAGUGGAAGAAUGCAAAACUAAGGAGCUAAAACAGGUUUUCAAAGAAAGACAGAACUCUAGAGAUGAGAGUGAACCAUGGGCAUUUGCAGCUUCAGAAAGGGAUCAGGAGGUUGCUGACCCACUGUCUCUAAUGCAUGAUAAUACUGCACCUUUGGUGAGUAAAGCACAAGUUAGUUUAGCAAUGGAUCUACAGCUGGAGUGGAUGACUCUGGAAGACUUUCAGAAGCACCUUGAUGGAACUGAUCUGAUUCUUCCAUCUGAAGCUAUAUCGAGUAGUGCACUGAAAGAUGCUGUGAAAAACGGAGAUUAUGUAACCGUAAAAUAUGCACUUAACUCAAAAGAAGAAUAUGAUUUAGAACAAGAGGAUUCUAGUGGGAUGACACUCGUGAUGUUGGCCGCAGCAGCAGGGCAGGACGAUGUUCUUCGGCUACUGAUAAAGAAAGGAGCAAAAAUUAAUUCUAAACAGAAAAAUGGGACAACUGCUUUGAUUCAUGCUGCUGAAAAAAACUAUUUAACAACCGUGGCACUUCUUUUGGAAGCUGGUGCUUAUGUGAAUGUGCAACAGGCAUCUGGUGAAACUGCUCUGAUGAAGGCAUGUAAAAGGGGAAACUCGGAUAUGGUGCGGCUCUUGCUAGAAUAUGGCGUCGACUGUAACGUACUGUCCAAGCACCAGGGCAACGCGUUGCAGUUUGCUAAGCAAAGCAAUAAUGUGAUCUUAUAUGAGAUGAUAAAAAACCAUUUGGAAACCCUUUCCAGAGUAGUAGAAGAUGCAAUUAAGGAUUACUUUGACACUCGCCUUUCUCUGCUGGAACCAAUCUUCCCGCUUGCUUGUCACCGACUCUGCGAGGGACCAGAUUUCUCUUUGGAUUUUUCCUACAAACCUCCAUUUACUAGCCCAGAAGGAUCUGGGAUCCUCCUGUUUGUGUUCCAUGCAAACUAUUUUGGUAAAGAGGUGGUGGUGCGACUGUGUGGACCAUGCAGUGUGCAAGCUGUAGUAUUAAAUGAUAAGUUCCAGCUGCCUGUAUUUUUGGAUGCUCAUUUUAUUUAUUCCUUCAGCCCUGUGGCUGGCCUUAAUAAACUCUUUAUCCGACUGACAGAAGUUCCAGCUGCAAAGGUAAAGCUGCUAAUCUGCGCGUAUAGAGUCCAACUGCCGUGAAAACGCCUGGUAAUAAAAUCACCGUUUUUGGCAACAUGACCAGUACACGAGAUGUUAAUGGAUCGGCCUUGCACUGAAGAGACAAUAGAUAAUAUCAGAUGAUGAGGACACGUAGAGCCACUUUAUUUUGUCUUUAUCCAUUCACAACUGGGACUGGGGGUUUUUUUGUUUUUGUUUUCUGGUUAUACCAGUCUUUACCCAGAAUCAGUGAUACCCAUUGAGUCUGCCCACACCUCUAAUGACCAGUAACACUGCAGAACUGAGGGGGUUAAUUGCCCUGAACUGGUAAGAAGUGAGUCUGAAGUUGCUCUAAUAUCGUUCGUGUAAAUAAUGGGGGGCGGCCAUAGAAACAGCAGAGGUGAAUAUUCAUUCACAAAGACUAAUGGUGUUACUCGCCCUAUGGAAAUAUCUGCUUUUAUAUCCUUGUUAUUUUAUUAUUGGUUAUUCAACUCCUCCCACGCAGGACUUUCAUUAUGCACCUUGUGUCCCGUGUUCAAAGACAGAGACGUUUCUUCUCCUCUAGGGAAACUGCUGCUCUUUGGCUUUAGAUGGUGGAUCUGUGACCUCUCACGGCUUCCCAGGAUAGAAGGGUCAUUCAUAGACCUGCACUAGAUGAAGAGUCCUGGGACUGUGCAGGUGUGUGUGUGUGUUUAUACGUAGAGCUGGGGAUCUGCUGUUGUGUUGCUUUACAUUGGCAGUUGUGUGAGUAGCACAUGAUGUGGCUUUUAUCUUCUUGGCCCUGUAGCCGUAUAAUGGAGCCCCUUUAGCUGGUCAGAGGUAAGGAAAGGACAGCUAUUUCCACAAUGUGGAAUCGUACGUACACUUGUUUAUAUAUUAUGCUUUGUGUAGAGUGAUAUUUAAUGUUAAUAUGGUACCCGACUAAUCACAUUGUUUUAUUAAAUGUGUUGGACAAGGAA